CUUAAAUCUAUAAAUAUAAUAUGUAAAUAAAUACUGUACCGAAUGAACUUCCAACACCUGUAUCCACUAUUCCAUAACUGGUUUCGACUCUUUUAUUUAAGCAACCUUGCGUACCUUUUGCGAGAACAAGAACUGUCAAGUUAUAGAUACUAAUUUGUCUGAGACUAGUAAACUCUGAAAUUUGUAUCUAGAUACUUUGUGCACCAAAUUUAGUUCAUGUUGUGUAUAUUAGUGAUUUUUCGGUGAUCUAUUUAAUACGCCAUCAAAUAAAUAAGAAAUGCAAAUCACCUACUAAAUUUUUCUCUACUUAAUUCUUCCAGUGUUCAAUUAUUAAGUAAACUAAUUUACUUGACCACAUAUUUGUACCAAAAGCUGGAUAAACGCUUGACCAGUUAUGAACCAAACUGCAAGUGCAACUAUCAAUUUUGAAUAUAUUUCAAUGAAUUUUCUUGGAGUUUAAAAUGGAAAUUAAUCUCUCUUUAUGUGGAUGGUCUGGAUUAACAACUAUAAUGGGUAUGAAAAUUAUGCAUGAAAUGAGACAGGUUAACUAUCUAUAGGUGUCCAAGUAAGUGCAGAUGUGGCGACUCGGACGAAAUGUAAAACGUAGAAAGCAAUAGACAGACAUACUUAAUACAUACAUAAAUAUGUACAUACAAAGAAAAAAAUCGAAAAAUGAAGUUGCUGUGGUUUAUGGAGUAAUCGUCCCAAUUCUCACUACUAAAAUUAUAAAUAGAAAUAAAUCUAUUUUAUGAAUAAUGUUCUGGUGAAAGUCCUUCCGGCACAAUGUACAUAAUGCUGUUAACGCUUAUAUGUUCGACAGCGUUUCCCCUUUGAAAAUAAUUAUGGAAUAUCAAAAUAAAAAUGGCAUCAUUCAUAGACUUGCUCAGGUGGCGUCUGAGGAGGGAAUGUUGAUUUCAACAUACUGCUGAAGUAAUCUUUUUUGCUUUAAUGUUUAUUUAUAAACAAAUAUCUGGAAUAUUGUAUUUUCCGCAGGUCCAGGGCGCAUCUUAAACUAUAGAUGUGCUAUCGUUUUGCACCUUUUCUAUAAACAAAUGAAACGACGCAACCAAUUAAAAACGAAAUACUAAACUCUACAAAUACAUAAGUUUAGAAUGUUUCCAAAGUAUUGUAAAUUGUAUUUCCUAUUUGCAAAUAUAUUAUGUAAAUAUCGAAUCAGGUCUUCGCUCCCAUAAAGUGUACAGUGUACACGAAAAUAUAAAUGAAAAAUUGAGUACAUACUUGUGGUGGCGGUUGCGGCUGCCGACCAAUUUAAACAACGCACACAAUUGUAUAUAAUCUCCUUACGACUUGUUAAUAAACCUGCCAAAUGUUGUGCGUAUUUAAAUCGCAAUACAAUAGUUGCCAACUUUUUGUUUAGACCUGAAAUCUCUUUACUGUUUACUUUGAGUUUCGUAAGUUUAUAUAAGUUAUAUAGACAUUUCACAUACCUAUUAAGCAUUACCUAAAUCCGAGAGCUGCAAGCAGUAAUGAUAUUUAGAAAUAAAUAGCAAAUGGUGAAUAAUACCAUUUCGUAAUAUAGAAAAUAUGCUCUUUGGUAUCAUCAUAACCAUCUACUAAUGCUUUGCAUAAAUAUUUUUUUUUAAUUAUUUUCAAAUGUAUGUACUAUUUACAGAUACAAUAACUGCUAGUUACAUGAUGUUCGCCAACAUGACAUCAGUUGCAAUGAAAAAAUAAACAGCAGCGCUUUCUUGCAGUCUUACAUUUUAAAUAAAUCUGUAGUGAUUGAAAAUGGAAAGUCGUAAAAACAAUAAUCAGACUAUAACGACAUUGCAGCAGCAAAACCAGCAUCACCAUGCAGUCACUAUCACCGCUGCUGCUGUCGGCAGUAACAGCAGCUGCGCGACUCCUGUUAGCUCAGAGCCGUCGCGUGGUGGAUACUUUGAAUACGCGCCUCCAACACCUGAUACAGCAAUCGACUAUGAUGACAUUAGCAGCAACAAGAGCACACCUUAUUACACACCAAUGGAGUUUGUGCAGGGUACUUUCGAAUUUCCUUCGCCAACAAAACUAGAGCACAUGGAAGACAUAGUCGAGUUGCAUUGUCAAUCUCCACAAGCGGUUGAGCAAGCAGAUAUGACUCUGCAACGCAAAAUUCCUACGCCAUCCCAAACGGCUACUUCGCGUUCAUUAGCUAGUGCUAGACAGCAAUUGUCCAGCAGUAGUUCGCCGGUAGUGUCUCGUAAAUUAAGGCGAUUUUCACUUUACGAACGACGCUCCUGUUCGCCACAACAGCUGCUGUUAAAAAAUGUUGUCUCUGCUUCGAUGGACAGCAGUACGGAAAAUGUGGCCGCCAUGGCAGAUAAAGAAAAUGCUAAACCAUGUUAUAGGCCAGCCAUGUCCGAAAGCUGGAGAGACACACAAAUACGCUCGAAUAGUGGCAAUAGUUCACCGAUCACGCUGAGGGAGGCUGACGCAGUUUCACCAAAGAUUUUUGAUAUAAAUUUAGCUGGUGGCAGUAGUAGCGGUACUCGCCUACCCUGUUCCCCAAAAUUAUUGGCAUCAUUAAAUAAUCUGAACUUAACUGGAUCGCCACUGGGUGUCAUUAGCUCAGCGGGAUAUAAAAAUGGCAAUUACUUUAAAUUUCCAGAGAUCGAUCAGGUUGUUCGUGAGCAAUCUGGGACGGAGCCUCAAACCGACGAAACCGGCGCUAAUGUAUGUGACAAUCAACAAACUCGAUACAGCAGACAACGCAGCAGUGGGGCUAUCAAUGAAAAUAAAAAAUCAGUUAUUUAUAGUGGUAGUAAUUCAAACACCAAUAAGGACAAAUCGCGCACCGACGAAUGCGUAGCCGGGGUAUCAGCAGAACCAAGUGCAAUAAGCUCAACCACAGUUGACACUAAAAAGAAUCGCAAAAACAAAAAUAAUUUGACUAUAAAAAUUACAAAUGUCCCCUGUAGUAUGAUGGAACCAAGCGGGACUGCACCCACCUCGCCUUCACCUACGCCAAAGCCGAAAACACCUACCAUUAAAAGUACCAAAGAAAAAGCACUGUCACUUGAUUCGGCCGCAAGAGAAUCUGAACUUACUAUUAUCGUCUCGUCCAGCGGGCGAAGUGAUUCGCAUGCAAGUUGUGACGAGAUUGACGCGCAAACGCUUCGGCGCAGUUGUCUUCCGCUUCAACAAUUUAUGCCACGUAGUGUCAGUGGUGCUCGCUUCGAGCGUAUUGCAGCAGAUCGGUGUCUGCGCCUUCCAUCGGCCGCCGCCAGUAACCGUUCAACUUCCUUGUCACAGUUAUCAAUGCUUGGUGAUGGUACACUUACUGCACAUGCUCAUCUACAUGCCCAAUCCCUAUGUCCAAGCAGCACUACGUCCUCUUUAAAAACCCCGCUGAGUGGUAGUAGUUUCCCACGCACGCCUCGCCGGCGGCAACCAAGCGGGAGCAGCGCGAGCGGCAAUGCAUCUACCGAAUGGUUGGCGGCCUACAACCGUAACCGUAACUCUGCAGAAACUUAUGGUAGUGCCGCCACUAGGGAAUCGGAUUUAUUUGAACGUCCACAGUUUGAAGUCGAUACGACGGUGGUGGUGCUGCAGGAGGAGAUUGAUGAUGAAGCCCAGGCGGAUAAUAAAAACACACUUCUUUGUGCACCUUACGCGCCUGGUACAGGGACACUGGCGUUCACACCACAUCGCGGCAUGCACAAACAUAACGCUUUAUUGCAUGCUUCGAACACAAAUUUAAAAACUUUGCCAGAAUUCCUAACACUCGUUGAGUUUUCAACAACGACAGGUACAUCUGGCGGGCAUCAACCACACAAACAGAAAUCUAUGGAGCUGCCAAGCGCGACGAUGCGUCCUAAGCCAGCUGGAUCAGCGUCGUCAACCAAUUUACUGCAGCGCCGCGGUUCCAAUCACAGUUUAACACUGAAUUUAAAUGGCUCUUGCAGCAAUUUACUCGGAAAUUGUCGCAGUGGCUUAAGCGUUUCCAACUACAGCCUUGGCCCCGCUAUUGGCAGCUCCGCAACAAACCUUAGCUCGAAAUCAAGCUGUAACCUAGACUUGAGUGGCGCGCCCAUCACCAAUCAGCCGCAUCCACAAGCUACAGCGACUCAAGGGGCAAAACAGAGCCUGUUCCGCCGACGGGGUUCCAAUCAGAGUCUCACUCUUACAAGCCUAGCGGCAGCAUCAUGUGGCAAUCUAAAUUCCUAUGCCAGCCAACACUCGCUGAACAAAGUUACGCGUACUACAUCAUUCAUAACACCAACGCACAAUACAACAAGCAACGCUACACCAAAGAGAGGGCUAUUGGAGCGUCGCGGUUCCAAUCAAAGUUUGACGCUGAACAUGGGCAGCUCUUUUGGCGGCAUUGGCACCGAGCGAAAUGCACAUGCCCGCAGCAGCCUAUACUUGGGCGACACUUGCGCUGAAGAAGCCGACAUUAGUACGCUGCAUUCGAAGCCGUCAGGUGCACCGCCCACUCCUCAUCGACGGUUUUUCAGCAGCGAAAGUCUCAACCGCGGUUCAACGCCUUUUGCUGACUUGAAUCAAGCGCAUCGGCGGAAUGCCAAACAAGUGUGCUUUGGCUCCGUAUCCGAUCUAAAACCGAGCGCUAGUAUGUCUUUGGAAUGUGGGGGUCCCAAUGGCAUUGGUACGAGCGUUGGUAAUGGUAAUCAGCCUUUACAUGCCGAAGGGCGACGGGAUAGUUUCAAUUUCCAGGACAGCACUGUGUGCUCGUGUACAGGUGUGCGAAAUAUAAUGACGCGCCCGUUGUCACCACAAAGUACCAGUGAAGAGUUCAAGAUAUAUUUGGCCAAUAUACAGAUGCUGCAAAACGCUUCCAAUGCACUCAAUCAGCUCGAUCUUAUAAAACUCAAUUACAUUUUCGAUAACAGCUAUGCGUCCAACAACAAAGGCUUGGCUGAGCAAGCGGUGCCCAUGCUCAGCGUACGCUGCAAUAAAGAGGCUGAGACACCGCCAGGCAUGCAUGUGACCACCUCCGAGGAUUGUGAAGUAGCAGAACGCUAUUUGGCUGCAGUACAGUCGGUACUGCCAGCGAUACAGCCCGAUGACGAUGAGCAAAAGCGAAUAUUCUGCGAUCUGCAUAAAGAAUUUUGGGAUCUGCCAUUGAAUCAUCAAGAAAAACCUAUGGUAUUCGGAUCGCAGGCAAAGAACCGAUACAAAACUAUUUUGCCAAAUGAAAAUUCGCGUGUGCUAUUAGAGAAGGAGGGGAAACAGUUGACCGAAUUGGCCGAAGAUAUUCGUGAUGAACACGCACAAUUGGCUGACCAUAUAUUACGACAGCUCAAUAUAUCGGACGAAGUGCCCUAUAUUAAUGCAAAUUAUAUAAAGGGACCAGAUUAUACAUCUAAAUGUUACGUGGCCACGCAAGGGCCCUUGCCGAACACAAUCUUUGAAUUCUGGCUAAUGGUGUACCAGAACACACGACGAUAUUUUCAAACCACCGAUAACAAGGCGGGAACGCUUCAGUUUUAUCAAAAAGUCAUAAUGCUCACGAAUUUUGCCGAAAAUAAUCGACAAAAAUGUGCCGUAUAUUUUCCGAUUGAAUUAAACGAAAUAUUUAUAACGACAAGCUGGCAUGAAGUCGUUGAACCUACUGCAGAGUUAGUGGACUUUUUCAACGCCUAUUUGCUGCCGAAUGAAACAACUCCGCCGCCCCUUCAUUUGGCUGACGGUGGUACCGAGCCUGAAUCACACAUUGGAAUCGACUACUACCAAGCAAAAGUAAGCGAAGAACUGCUACCGUUUCUGCCACAGUCGAAAGGCAAUUAUUUCGUUAUAAAAAAUAUCGGUAUUGUACGCAAGAAUGGUUUCUCAAUACGUAAAUUCGUAAUAUUGUAUUGCAUCCAUAUUGGCGCGAAUGCAGAAGAAUGUAAUGGUGGUACUCAAUUGAUUAUCAAUCGGCUAUACUGCUAUCACUACUGGUAUCCCGACUGGCCUGACCACCGUUCGCCACGGGACAUCAACACGCUACUUGACAUCUGUCUACACAUACUGAAUCUCGGCAAAUGCGAAUCGGAAUUUGAUGCAUUCGAAAUGGACGAUGACGACGAUGACGUUAUUAGCGUUCUUCAACCACAAAAAACUUCUCACGUGUCCGCACAAGCGGUAGACUUGUAUCAACAAGAUAUAUUCAAUGCUAUGCAGCCACUACCGGUCAUUCAUUGCUCUGCAGGAAUCGGACGCACUGGAUGCCUUACCGCAAUAUUAAAUGCUGUGCGUCAGCUCCGUCAAUCAUUCGCCUAUUCGCUAACAACAAUGGCCGCUGAGGCGAGAAAAGAGCGGGACAGCAGCGCUGGUGUUGUUGGUGAAUUAGCAGCACAAGCACUUUUGAGUCCCGUCGAUUUUCAGUUGCCCGUUGAAUUCGUGGCGCAAGCGCAGCGCGCAAUUACCACAGCAAGCAGUGUAACCGACACUGAUAGUAGUUUUACGCGGAAUACGCUCUACUAUGUUAACUACAUACUAAGGCGACAGCAACAGCAGUUGCAGCAAGAGAAAAGCGAAAGCGUUGCGAAUGAAAGCGAAAUGGACGCAGAUGCGGACGCUAAAACGGCUAAAGAAGAGGGUGCGCCUGACAAGAAGUAUACAGCGGAUACGGCACGUGAAGGGGAUACGUUAACGUGUCCGUUGCCAGCGCUUGGGGAACUACCCAAAAUUCCUGACAUUUUCGUAGACAUUCUAGGCAUUGUUUGUAAUUUGCGUUUACAGCGUGGUGGAAUGGUACAAAACUCAGAGCAGUAUGAAUUGAUUCAUCGAGCCGUCUGCUUAUAUCUGAAGCGAACAUUUGCGUUGAAGCGCUUCUAAGAAAAAAAAAAAAUACCCGCAAAAUUUUGCAUUAAAUUGCGUGUAGAUUGGAAAUAGCGCCAACAAUAGCAACAACAACUCUAAAUUAAGAGAAAGCCAGAAACUCAAAAGGUAUUGGAUGCAACACCAAAUGCAGUACAUAUUUACGAUGUAACGAUUUUAUUAUUAUCUAGAUUUUUU